CACACACACACACACACAUAUAUAUAGUUUUUGGCUGUUCAAAUUAUUCUAUGGCAACAGAAAGCCUUCGCCAUCGAAUCGGAGACGAUUCCACUAUCAUCGAUCCUAAUGAAAACACUGACGACGAUAAUGAUAAUGAAGAUGAGUACGAGGACUAUAUUGAGGAAACCUCAAUGAGAGGCAGAAUGUUGAGGUGGAGAGCCGCCAUUGCGCGACACGGAUUCUUGUCCUUGGCCAUAGCAGUAUUGCCCGCAUCUCUACAUCUCGCGGACGUCUUCUUCCUCCGUUCUGCCGAGAGGGCCUCGGCUAGGCCUUCUUGGUUCCUAACGCCCUGGAUAAUGGACGCGAAUUUCGUCUUCUCGUCUCUUGUUAUGGGCCUCGGCUCCUGGUUCGCAUGGGCGGAAAAUGGGCCGCCCCCAAAACCCACGCUUUUCGCAUCCAGGCUCCUCGUUUAUACCGCCUUGAGUCUAGCGUGGGACCCCAUCGUCUUCGGUUGGAGAGCCGUACACCUUGGACCGCAUGUAUGCAUGCUGAGGGGCUUUCUUGCGGUCGCGAUCGCGGGCACGAUAAGGCGACAGAAUCGCAAUGCCGGCGACUUCAUUUUUGGAGCGUGCGGAGUAAUGGGUGUUAUUCAUCUGUUUCAUUGUAGCCUUGAUCUGUUAUUAUUACCUGAACGCUUCUGGGAAUGAAUUUUUUCGAUUUUCAUUAUGUAGGAUCAUGUUGGUUUUUCAUGUUUUAUUUUCAACACAUGAACUCUUCGUAGCUCUCUGAAUUGUUGUUCAC